AUGGCGUCCAUCAAGGAAAGGGCUGCGGCGCUGAACCUUGCAGAGAAACUGUGUGUGCGUCCUCUGGCUUCUGGAGUAGCUGUCAAACCAGUCCAGUCCACCCUCCUGUGGAGCUCCCUCAUCUCCCACCUCAGGUCCAAUGUGACAGUAAAACGCAGACGAGUCCACAUCAAGUCCCACAGUGACUGUUUCCUGGGAUCAGAGGCUGUGGAUGUGGUGGCAGAACACAUUAACCAGAUCAAGGGCUUGGAAGAUGCUGAUGUGACACGGGACAAAGUGGUGUGUGUCUGCCAGGCUCUGUUGGACUGCAGUGUGUUUGAGGCUGUGGGAACCAAAGUGUUUGGGAAAGACAAGAAGCAGGUGGUGUUUCAGGACAGCAAAAGUGCUCUUUACAGGUUCGUAGGCAGACAUACUCCUUCUGUUGAUGAGCUGGAGAGAGGUGAACUAAUGGACGGGAUCCAAAAACUCUUUUUCAGUGGCCCUGCAAACAGGGGGCAGGAGAACACGUUUCCCCCGAGGUUCCAUGUUCAGAUGUCCACGCCUGUCAGACUGACUCAGACGACUGUGAAAUUCAACCGGCUGAACACUCCCACCGCUGACAGCUCGUCACUGGAGCCCCCGGUGGACGGUCCCAGUCCCAGUCCCAGUGCCAGUCUGAGUCCCAGUUCCAGCAGACUGCACUCUCCAGUACCACAGUCAUUGGUGGAUGAGGUGUGGCAGGAACAGACCCUCCUCCACCUCCUGAAGCUGGUCGAACUCCCCCUGCUGGACGGAGUGCUUCAGUGCAGCCAGAAGACGCCAUCUCCCUGUAAAACUCACACGCUGGUUCAUAACAACCCAGACCUCAUUUACAGCAGCAACCACCUGGACCGGCAGAUCCUCAAAGCCUUCAGGGACUCCCAGGAGGAUGAGUGGUUGUGUGCAGCUCUGGACUGUCUGGACUUCCUUCCUGACCAGCCGGUGGUGGAGCUGAGCAGGGGGCUGCCACACUGUUUCCCAGAAGCCCCUGGGAGCUGCAGCCAAGGAGCAGCCGUUGACCAGUGUAAGCAGCUGCUGUAUGAGACACUGGUCAAACACUACAGCCACUCGGACCAACCUCCACUGCUGCCUCAGCACAUGACCGACGUCUACACGGCCAUCACUGACCUCCUGGUGAAUGCCAAACUGGCCACGGCUCUGGAGGCUCUGCAGCUGUGUCUGAAGCUGCUGAGACCAGGCUGCAGAGAGGAGCUCCGAAGGCUGCUCACAUUCAUGGCUCUGGCAGCUGAACCACAGGGGAUCAAACUGGACAAGGAGGUGGAGAACAGGAUAGCAGUGAAGAAGUCCUUCUCCAAGGCAAUCCUUCACAGCAAGGGUCUGUCAAAGGAAAAAGAAGAUCUGAUGGUGGUCUUCAUGCUCAGCAACAUUCAGGAAAUCUUCAAGAUCCCGGGUGCUCUGCACAAAGAAGUGAGUGAUAAGCUGGCCAGCCUGGUCCAAGGAAAACAGCCCGACGUGACCGGCCCUACACUGUGUCAGCAGGUGUCCAGCAGGACCUACUCAGCCUCUACAAAGACAAACACCAACCAGGAACUGUGGACUCUGCUGGACAGCAUCCACUCAGACUCCAAACUUUCAUCCAAACAGAGGAAGCAUCUACUGGAGCAGUUCUACCAGGCACACCCAGAGGUUUUCAACCAGUACUUUGGAGACUCUGCUGUCAGUGUGCUGUAAAUGUAUUCACCUUGUCUAUGAAACUUCGACUAGACUUAGACCAGUGUUUUCCAGUUUGGAUUAUGUGGGGCGAA